AUGCGGCCCCCAGGCCACACUUUGGCCUGUCCUCUGGCGCUCGGUUACUCCCCCCCCCUCCCUCCCUCCCUCCUGCUCCCUCACCCCCCCUUCCUGCUCCCUCACCCCCCCUUCCUGCUCCCUCACUCCCCCCUCCUGCUCCCUCACCCGCCCCCUCCUGCUCCCUCACCCCCCCCUCCUGCUCCCUCACCCCCCCCCUCCUGCUCCCUCACCCCUCCCUCCUGCUCCCUCACCCCCCCCUCCUGCUCCCUCACCCGCCCCCUCCUGCUCCCUCACCCCUCCCUCCUGCUCCCUCACCCCCCCCCCCCUCCUGCUCCCUCACCCCCUCCCUCCUGCUCCCUCACCCCCCCCUCCUGCUCCCUCACCCGCCCCCUCCUGCUCCCUCACCCCUCCCUCCUGCUCCCUCACCCCCCCCCCCCCUCCUGCUCCCUCACCCCCCCCUCCUGCUCCCUCACCCCCCCCCUCCUGCUCCCUCACCCCCCCCUCCUGCUCCCUCACCCCCCCCUCCUGCUCCCUCCUCACCCCCCCUCCUGCUCCCUCACCCCCCCCUCCUGCUCCCUCACCCCCCCUCCUGCUCCCUCACCCCCCCCUCCUCCCUCCCCCCCCCCCCCUCCUGCUCCCUCACCCCCCCCUCCUGCUCCCUCACCCCCCCCUCCUGCUCCCUCACCCCCCCUCCCUCCCUCACCCCCCCCCCUCCCUCACCCCUCCUGCCCCUCACCCCCCCCUCCUGCUCCCCUCACCCCCCCCCUCCUGCUCCCUCACCCCCCCUCCUGCUCCCUCACCCCCCCCUCCUGCUCCCUCACCCCCCCCUCCUGCUCCCUCACCCCCCCCUCCUGCUCCCUCACCCCCCCCUCCUGCUCCCUCACCCCCCCUCCUGCUCCCUCACCCCCCCUCCUGCUCCCUCACCCCCCCCUCCUGCUCCCUCACCCCCCCCUCCUGCUCCCUCACCCCCCCCUCCUGCUCCCUCACCCCCCCCUCCUGCUCCCUCACCCUCACUAUCACCUGAUAUUUCUAAACAACAGUGAAUUGCAAUCAUGGCUGAUUGGUGCUGAGCUGGAAUGCCGUCUCCAUGGAAACGCCUGGUUUGGUUUUCGCUCUGAGCGUCUUUUCUCUUAA